GUUAAAGUACGUGAAAGAUUAUCUCUCACUGCGAUUAGUAGUUCGAAUGUUUUAGUUCGGUUCUGUUAACUCCUAGAUUUGAGUGAAAAACAAGAAUCAAGUAGUUAAAGAUGUCUGUGAGAGCUAGGAGGAUUGUCUCUGGUAGGUCUGAGACAAUAGCAGCUAAUUACGCCUUUGAUCCGUUAGAAGAUGACAAAAUUAUAAGAAAUAGGCUUCUCACACGCACGACUACCACCAGAGGCGAACCUCCGUUGAAGAAGCUUCAAAAGAAAUUCACUUCUUUCGUUAUUGAGGUAGACAAAGAAGAAGAUAACUACGGUGACUGCGGUAGGCUCGCCAAAGCUUUUUUACAGGAGCUUUCCGCUUUUGAGAUUCCUCUUCUUAAGAGCCAAGCGGUUGUUGCUGCGAAUCUUAGGGAGAAAGAUAACUUCAACGAGCUUAAAGGUGAGACAAAUAGGCAGAUAGUGCAGGCACAAGCUGAUAUAGAAGACCUUAAGAAACAGCUUGAAGAGAGUAAAAUAGAGAGACAGCAUAAAGAGGAGUGUGAAGCCAUUAGGAAACUUAUCUCUGCUCAGCCACAGUCAGGGACACAGAAGGUUAUACAUGAACUGAAUAAGGAGAUUGCAGAACUCGAGGCCGAGAAUACCGCAAGUUGGAGACUUCUCGAGCUAAGGAAGAAGCAGUUUGCAUUGUUGUUGCAUGUGGUGGAUGAGUUGCAAGAGACAAUGGAGGACGAACAGAAGAGUAUGGUGGAAGAAAUGCAGAGGAAUAUGUCGGAGGAAACAAUGGCUGAUGGCGCUGAAGCCAUGUCCACUGAUUAGCUCCUAAUCUUAGCUACUCUGUCUUCUCUUGAAUGCUAAAGUAGCCUUUCAUUGCCAAGAAUAUGUUUUAUAAA